CAAUAUACAAUUAAUGGUGAUGGAAAAUGUAUUUACCUUCACUGCGUUCUACCUCCAGCCAAUCGACGGCCGCCGCGCUGUUAUCAUUUGUCUCACACGCAUAAACAUCAUUAUCAAGUAGAUUAUUGUUUGUAAUUUUUUUUUAUUUCUCACCUAAAGCCAUCCUUAUUGUUUUUUGUAAUUUUCAUAGAUGUUGUGUGUUUACUUCUAAAAUACUGCUAAAAAGAAUAAUAUUAUUAAGUGUGUACAUUUUAUAACUGUGUUUUGCGUCCAUGGAAACGGCCUCUUAAUAGGAAUAAUAAGUCAAAGAAGUGAGAAACUAGCUAAGAAUUAAAAUUAAAAUGGAUGAUUAUUGCUGCGAGACUGUGAUCAAAAUAGAGGAAGAAAAUGAGGAUACGAAAGAACAACUUACCGAAGCCUUAAUGGAAAAAACAAAACCGGAAAACAUUGAAAAAUUAUAUAAAAGUGAUCUGACGACCAACAACAAACCUCAAGAAAAUAUUGACGGAGAUGCAUAUAAACUUAAUGAAACAGGAGACGUGCCAAGAAUUAAAAUUGAAGAAGGUGAGACAGAUGAUUUUUACUACAAAUCCAUAAUUGAAAUUCAAGAAAAUAAUGAGCAAUUGAAAGAGCAUCAAAAAACGAUUGACAGGAAUGCAUACAAUGUCGGAGAACCGUGCCCCGAAACAAUAGUCAAAGUAGAAGUGGACCUAGUAAAAAGACAUUAUUUAGAGUCUGCGAUUCAAAUUGAAAAAAAUGGUAAUUUGGAUGAGAUUCAGUCAUUUGUAUGCGAUGUAUGCAAUAUGUCGUUUUCUACAAAAAAGAAAGUUGCCCGACAUAUUACACAUUCACAUAGUGCGCAGUUAUUAACCCAGAAAAGCGCUGUAAAAGAAGUCGUUGAGAGUACUUUUAUUGGUGUCAAUCGUAUGAGAAAUGAAGCGAAUAAAAUAACUACUGGUUGUUUUUUCAAAUCUAGGAUUGAAACAGAUAACAAUAAACAAACGGCAUAUAACACUAAAAAACAAAUAACUUUACAUAUCAUGAAAUCCCACAAAAGUUCGACGAUGAAUCAAUCUCCUCAAAAUUCAAACGCUAUAAAUCCCAAUAAGUUUACUGCAGGAUACACAAACAUAAACCGACCCUACAAAUGUGCGGCGUGCUUAAAAUCAUUUUCCCUCCAAUCUACCCUCACGCGACAUAAACGAAUUCACACCGGAGAAAAACCUUAUAAAUGUAUUGUAUGCUCAAAAUCAUUUUCUCGAACACACCACCUUACGCAACACGAACGCGUGCACACCGGCGAAAAGCCCUUCAAAUGUAACUUGUGUUUGAAGUCAUAUUCACAAAAACACAACCUUAAUAUACACAAAAGGUCCGUUCACACAGGAGAAAAGCCUUACAAAUGCGAUGUGUGCCUUAAAUCAUUUUCUGGAAACACCGCUCUCACAAAACACAAACGGGUGCACACCGGCGAAAAACUUUAUGAAUGUAAUGUGUGCUUGAAGUCAUUUUCUCAAAGUAACGACCUCACAAAACACAAACGCGUGCAUACUGGAGAAAAGCCCUACAAAUGCAAUAGGUGCUUAAAGUUUUUUAAGAGUUCAUACCACUUAAAAGAACACGAACGCGUGCACACCGGCGAAAAGCCCUUCAAAUGUAACUUGUGUUUGAAGUCAUAUUCACAAAAAAAAAACCUUAAUAUACACAAAAGGUCCGUUCACACAGGAGAAAAGCCUUACAAAUGCGAUGUGUGCCUUAAAUCAUUUUCUGGAAACACGGCUCUCACAAAACACAAACGGGUGCACACCGGCGAAAAACUUUAUGAAUGUAAUGUGUGCUUGAAGUCAUUUUCUGUAAAAUCCACUCUCAGAUGUCACGAACGCGUGCACACCGGAGAAAAGCCUUAUAAAUGUGCCGUUUGCUUAAAGUCAUUUUAUGAAAGCACAAGUCUCACAAAGCACUCACGUGUGCACUCUGGUGAAAAGCCUUAUAAAUGUGAUGUAUGUCUAAAGUCAUUUUCUGAUCGAUCCAAUUUCAGACGGCACAAAUUGGUGCACACUGGCGAAAAACCUCAUAAAUGUAAUGUGUGUUCGAAGUCAUUUUCUGAGCAAUCCAAUUUCACACGACACAAAUGCUUGCGUUAUCAAUAAUUUAUAUUUAUUAAUUUGUAAAUAAAAAGUGUAAAGCGAGUGACCCACAACUUUAUAAAACUGUUUCUACCGGUAAAGUUUGAAUACAUUUUGUUUUCUUUUAAUCAAAUGAUCACAACCACUUCAUGUUUUAAAGAUUUAAUGUUAUAUAAAAAUCUAAAAAAUUAUUAUUAAAUUCAAUAUAAGUUUGA